UUAUGUACGCCGAUGUAAUAUUAUUUAAUAUUAUAAUGUAUUUUAUUAAUAUUAAAAACUACUAUGAAUCUUUAACAUAAUUAUGUAAUUAUGAUUUCUUAAUAUUGUGGUUUGUUGACUGUCUAUUAGCAGCGUUUGAAAUUUUUUCAUUCUGAUUUAUAAGGAUAUUAUAAUCAGGUAAAAUAAUACCAAUAACCAUGCAAAAGUACAUGUCUAAAUCUGAAGUUCGAUGUGCAAGUUUAAUGAACAAUGUAUUGGAAGAAAACAUUAAUACAAAUGAAAUUUUGGAAAAAAUUAGAUCAUUUGAGCAAUGUAACAUUCGUCAUGGUGUAGGAAAAAUAGAAUUUACAUUUUAUGUGAUUGAUUUUGUUCAUAAUAAGACUAUGCAGUAUGUAAAUCUGCAAGAUGAGAAUGAAACUAUUAUAAACAAUGCAUUUAAUGUGCCAGAAGUUGAAUCACCGAUGGUGAAACGAAUAAUACCCAAAGUAUCGGCAACAAAAGGUUCCAACAAUCAAGGCAAGAAGACGGUUCAAAUACAUUCGGUGACUUCAAAAAUGAACAAAACAAAAAUAAUUGAUACCACUAAGAAAGAACGAAGGAGCUUGGAUAUAUUGGGAAGUCUGUACGCUGCACUGAUAAAUUCUAACAUAUUAUGUAAUUUAUUUCAUGAAUUAGGUUAUGUUUUUACGCUUCUUGCAGUAAAAGAUCAUGAAAUAAAAUUUAAUAAUGACAGUUUUAGUUCAAAUAAUACAUAUUUCAAAUCAUCUGAUGAUUGUCAUUAUUUUGCUUCAAAGACUAUAGAACAGUUGGUUUCAAUUUUAAGUUAUUUGGAAAAACCAAUUAUUAAUCUAAUUUUAAAACAGAAAGUAAUCAACACAUAUGUACCAGAAUUGGCUAAAACUUUUGAGAGUAAAUUUAACACAUCAAACAUAAAUGAUGAUAUUAAGUCUUUAAAUUCAAGUAUACCAAAAGAUAUGGUGAAAUUUGAUGGUGAACAAGAUGCCAAAGAUUGUUUUCCAUCAAUAAAAAUGUUCCAUGCUUUCAAAACUCAAAGAGAUGCAUUUUAUGAUUUACUGGAAAAUUGGAAACAAAACGAAAAUCAGUUUGAGCUAGAUUCUAAGAAAUUUGAACAUAUAAAGAAAAUGCUUAAUGAAAAUAAUAAUUCUGUUAAUAUGAGUAAAUUUGCUAAAUUAUUUGUCGCUCAAUUGAUAAAUUCUACAUUUGAAGAAUCAAAGAAUGUCUAUAAAAAUAAAACUAUUAAAGAGUUGUCUGCCUCAAAGUUAGAAUUACUCCAUCAGCGAAUUACUAAACGAGAUUAUACAAGUGGAUAUAGUGUUGAUCCAGCUAAUGAAUUUCCUGGCAUGCAAAUGUUUUUUAAAGAAUUUGUCAUUAUGUUGUUGGGUGAUGGAAUUUUUUGUAAACAUUUAAUAGACACUUUAGUACACAGAAUCGAUAUAUUAAAUACAAUGGAAUGGGCUUCUGAACUACAAGAAGGUGCAAUUUAUCAGCAAACCUUCUUUUUUUAUGUUGAUACUUUAAGAUUGUUAGCCAAAUUUUUGGCCUUUGCAUUAUAUAAUCCGUACAAAGAUUAUGAUGUUUUAAAUCCGGCUUUAAAAGAAUAUAUAUGGGAAGUACGAUCAAAGGCUUUACCUCCAAUAAAUUUACUUGCUAAAUUACAUUGUGCUCUUAAACAUGGACAUAGUGAAAUUGUAUUAACAACUUCAUGGAUAAUUGAAUACUUGUAUCAAGUGGAUCGGAUUUCAAUUACAACUCCUUUUUAUAAAGAUGUACUAAUUUUGAUCUAUUCUCUGUGUAUGUUAAAUUCUGAUAUAACUGGUUCCAUACUAAUGUUGAGGUUACAGUUUAAUUGUUUAAUUGAACACAUAAAUAUUGAACCUCAUACACUAUUUGAUGACUCAAAAAGAUGUUUUGAUAAAAGUCUUUUUGAAAAUUUUGUAAAAGAAUUAAAAAAUGGUAUUACAGUUAAUACGAAGCAAAUUUAUCACUAUUGUCCGCAGCUAAAUAACUAUCGUACUGUAUUAGAAAGUAAAGUUAAUAAUAAAAAAAUAAAAUUUUUAUCGCCUACUGUCAGUAUACCCAGUCGAAAAAUAAAUCAAAAUCAUCAGAUAGAAUUGGAAUUAGAAUCACAUUUCUUUGAAAAUCAUUCUUCAUCUGUAUUAGCAACAGUUGAUUUCAUUGCUAAACGAAUUGCUUCUACUUGCACCAAAAAGAUUCAAAACAAAGGUAUGGCUGCUGUAAAGAAUCAAUUUGUUGAUAUUGUGUGUGAAAAAUUCAAAGAACAUAUCAGAGAAAAUACAGAUUCAAUAUUUAAAGUGGAUGAAAAUGAUGUUGCUAAGUGUAGUUUAUUUUUAAGUUCCUCUAUUCAACAGUAUGUAGAUCAUUUUUCUAAAAACAAUAUUCCCAACUCAAUUCAAGAACUAUUGGAUUCUGAAUCUGUGAACCCGGGCUCUUUGCCUUUUUGUAUUGCUGUUACAGUUCGUAAAUUUAAAGCACUAGUAACAGAUUGGGUUAAGAAUCAUAUAAAUAUCAAAAGUAUGUUCAUUACUUACAUUAAUACUGAAUUGAAAACAAAUUUGAAAACUGGUAGUAUAAAUGAAGAUGGAAAUAAUCUCCGUGAACUAUUGAUGCCUACUCAUUGUGAUGAACCAGAUGAAGAUUAUUUUAUCCCAGAAAAUGAACUAUUGAUAGAUUUGAAUAUGUUUAGUUUAAAAAUUAUUGAAGUUGAUAGUCAUAAACUAUCUUUGGAUGAUAUUUCAGAAUAUUCUGAAAGAUUUAAAAUUAUUUUAGAAAACAAAAAUAAAAUGGAAUUUAAUUUAUACCGAUUUAUAAUAACAAGACUGAUUGAUAAUGUAUUACUAGCAACAUAUCAAAUGCCGAUGCUUUUUAAUAAAGAUGUGAUGAAAGCUUAUCAUCCAUAUUUCGCUGAAAAACUGUAUACCGUUUCAAUGAUAGUAUGUGAACGUAACAUAUAUAUUCUGUCGCAGAAGUCUAAUUCUCAUAAGGCUAUUAUAAGUGAAAAAAUAACUGCUUGGAUACAAUAUUUCAUAGAAAACGAUUUCCUAACUAUUGAUGAACUUACAGAUCAAAUUAUGUCAAUUUUACAAUUAUCUUGGCCAGAGGAUACAUUAAAAUGUUUGUCGAUUUGCUUUAAAGACCUUAACAGUGUAUGUUUAAAGAAAUUUGAUGAUACUAAGGUGCAAGAGUUAUUCAUGUGGUUAACACAUUUCAUGGACAUGAUUGAGGAUUAUGAUAUCGAUUAUUGAAAACAAUAUAAACAGAGAUAUUUACUUUUUUGUUUCCAUUUUUUUAUACAUUUAAUUUUUAUUUUUUAACGAGACUGAAUUUUUACAAGAUCAGAUUUUAUAACUAGAAUUAACAGUUUGAUCUCUUUUGUUAUCAUUCAGAUACUUUCUUGUGUACCUUAAUAAUUAUUGAAUUAUUUUUUUAAAUUAGAAAUUUUAAUAUUGAAUUAUGUAUACAUAUUAAUAUAUGCAAUAUUAUAAAUAAAUAUAAUCAAAUCUCAUAAUGCAUAUUAUGUUUUAGAGUUCAUUAAUUUUAAUAUGAAUAAUCCAGAUAGAUAGAAGGCUUUCUAUCAAUAUAGACCUAGUUUAUGCGGUAAACGGUCACUUUGCCUUAUCCGGUGUAUUGUUUAAAAUACAAUAACUUGGACACAUUGUAUGGUCAGUCAAAAUGUUCAUUUCAAACGAGGACGUCUUGUACUAUUUUGUGAAUAUAAAUAUAUAGGUUAUAAAGUUUUAUGAGAUUUAAACAUAAUUUUAUAUUUAAAGUAAAUUAAAGAUUUUAUAAAUAGUAAAUAAACAAGCCAAAUUAAUCAGUUUUUUAAAUUAACCGGUUGGAUGGUAGGUAACAACCAAACAAUUCAUUUGGUGCUAUAAAAUAUAUUUUCUAAAUUAUAAUUAUAAUACCAAAUCAGAUACACCAGUAUGUAUUUAAAUAUAAGAAUAUUUUUAAUGUAAUUGGUCAGAACUUCAGACUUUUUUUAUAUUAUACCUACUAUACUACUGGGCUAUACAUUAUUUACCUAUAUAAUAGUGCAAAGUGUCCGCGUUUACAAUCUAGAGUUUAAUUCAACUGCUCAAAUUGUCUACGUUCUGAAAUUCUAAUUUUUUCCGACCGUACAUUUUCGCAUUUUGCACUUUCAAUGUUCUACUGUACAAAUUGGCCUAGAACCAUCGUAUGACUAUCUAGUAAUUGAAUACAUUUUCUGAAAACACAUUU